CGAAAAAGCACAUUGUGUACUGUAAAUGUCACUAUUACGCGCACUCGGUUUUUCUCGGACGAAUUUCUUUACACCUCGAUCAAGAUUCUGCCGUAAUUUCAACCUAACCAACGCCGAAACAGCAAAGUCGUUGAAACAAAUGAAAUUCGCAUUGCGAUCAUCGUUGAGAUUAGUCGUUCCGGGUUUGCGCUGUUAUCAACGAAGCUUCUCGGCACAGAAGAACGACGAUCAGCGGGAAGAUGGAGGAAACGACGUGAAAGAGACUCCGGUUGAUGAUCUCACAGAACCAACGAACUGCUGUAUGUCAGGAUGCGCGAACUGUGUAUGGAUUCAAUACGCGGAGCGACUGAGCAGCACGAUCGACAGCACGUCGGACGUGAACUUGCAGACGGCUAUCUUGGAGAGAGUGCAGGACCCUAAUAUGAGAGCGUUUCUCACGAUGGAACUGCGUUGUCGGAAGUUGAUAAAAUAGCGCUCGACAAUAUUUCACAAUAGUGUGCACCAAUAUAAAAUCGAUUAUAUACGUAUACCAUCGUCGGGAAAUUUAGGAACGUAGUCAAGAAAUAGUUACGUUAAUGUUUUCAACGUGGCGUAUACACGCGUCGAAAGUAGAAACUGAAAUUAACAUCAGCAACAGUACAAGAUAACGACGGUGACAAAUGACGAUAUCGGUGCUGCAAAAUUCAAAUAAGAGCAACGAAAAUAAUUAUUUACGGCGAAUUGGAAUAUAGAUAGGAAAAAAACGUAGUAUACGUAUAAAUAUAUAGAAUCUUGUAAAUAUAUAUAUAUAUAUAUUACGUACCUAUAUAAAUGUAAAUAUGUAUAAUAUAAUGUACAGUGCGUUAAAUAAUGUUCUCGCAUAGUAUGUGUGCCCUUUGCACACCGACGUUGCGUGCUUUUUGAGUGCCAUCCAAACGAGGGAACGAAAUAGAUUCUCUCAGAAAUA